AUGCUGCAGAUGCAGCCGCGCCUCCUGUCCACCCCUCCUGCUGAUGUGGCGGCAGUCAUUAGGACGAUUCAGACGGGCCUCCGCACAGGCAGUCGCAACGUGGCGGCCGAGCUCGCCGCGCUGCGGCCAGAGGCGCUCACGCGCAAGCCCGAGGCGGUGGCGCGGACGGUGGCGGCAGUCGUUGGGCUUUGCGGCGGCGACACUGCAGCGGCGCAGGCGAUGGUGAAGCGGCAGCCGUCGCUGCUGGCUGCCUCUGGGCGCAAUUGGAACGGCAAGCUGCACUUGUUGGGCCAGCUGCUGGACCUGCAGAGCCCAGGCCAGCGGAAGGCGUUGCUGGCAGCCGCCGCGUCGGCUCCCAAUCUGCUGACGCGCUCGCCCUCGGCCCUGGAGGCCAGCGCCGCGGCGCUCCGCAAAUCGCACGGCAAGGGCACCGCGCGCGCGCUGCUGGCAGCCGCGCCGCAGCUGCUCGGGUACAGCGCGGCCGCGCUGGCGUCCAGGUCGGACGCGCUGCUGCAGCUCUCAGGGCUUAGCGACGACUGGCGGGCGCGCGUGGAUGCCGCGCGCGCCGAGCCCGCGCAGCUCUCGGCUGCGUUGCUCGCCCCUGAGGCCGCGUGGGCGCGGCUGCGGUGGCUGAUUGAGAUGGAGCAGCGGCUGGCGCCCGGGGACACGAGCCUCUUGGAGGUUCUGUUGAUGAGCGACGACGUGUUUGGCGACAUCUACCCCCAGUGGCGCGCGGCACGCCCAGAGGCUUGA